AUGGCUGUGAAGGAGCCAGCACAGCCAUUCUGUGUCAUUUUCCGAGGGCGUGGACCAUCAGCUACCAUCAGAGUCAUCCUCCUCCUCCUCUCCCCUCUCCCCGCCGCGCCGCUCGCCGGCCGGCUCCACGCCCGCAACCGCCACGCGGCCGGCUACGACAUCGAGCGCCUGGCGCGCUCGUUUCCCUCGCUGCGAGAGCACGUGAUACCCGCGAGCGGCCCUCGCGCUCGCGCCACCAUCGACUUUGCCCGUCCCGGAGCCGUCGGGGCGCUCAACGCGGCCCUCAUUGCCGUCGACUACGGGAUCCGCGGCUUUGCGCUGCCCGACGGCCGCCUGUGCCCCGCGGUCCCCGGCCGCGCAGACUACCUGCACGUGAUCGCCGACCUGCUCGCGGCCGACAACGGCGGCGGCGUGCCGCGCGGUCCCGCCGUCCGCGGCCUCGACAUCGGCGUGGGCGCCUCGUGCAUCUACCCGUCUCCUCCGCCACCCAUA